AACACAACCACCAUUUAGACAAGUAGUCAUUCUAGUCUAAUUCGCCAAUAAUGGCUCACAAAGCAACCUCCUCCUUUAUGAUUCUAUAUUGUUCCUUGUGCCUAUUCACUCUCAUAAACGCACUCUCCUCCUGCAACGGCCCAUGCAACAACCUCAACGAUUGCUCUGGCCAGCUCAUCUGCAUCAACGGAAGGUGCAACGACGACCCUGACGUCGGCACUCACAUCUGCACCACCCCCGCUCGACCAAGUGCUUUAUGAUUCUAUAUUGUUCCUUGUGCCUAUUCACUCUCAUAAACGCACUCUCCUCCUGCAACGGCCCAUGCAACAACCUCAACGACUGCUCUGGCCAGCUCAUCUGCAUCAACGGAAGGUGCAACGACGACCCUGACGUCGGUACUCACAUCUGCACCACCCCCGCUCCACCAAGUGGUGGAGGCGGAACCUGCCGAUCCUCCGGCAACCUUCAAUGCGGCACAAACUCCUACCCUCAAUACAGGUGCUCGCCUCCGGUGUCAUCCUCCACCAAGGCAAUACUCACCCUGAACGACUUCAGCGAAGGCGGAGACGGAGGUGGCCCAUCUGAGUGUGACGGAAACUACCACGAAAACUCAGAGCCAGUGGUGGCACUGUCCACUGGGUGGUACAACCAAGGGUCGAGGUGCUUGAAGAUGAUAAGGAUCACCGCGAGUAACGGGAGGAGCGUGUUGGCUAAGGUGGUGGACGAGUGCGACUCCGUUAACGGUUGUGAUUCGGAGCAUGCAGGACAGCCACCGUGCCGGAACAACGUCGUGGAUGGAUCGCAGGCGGUGUGGGAUGCUCUAGGGCUGGAUACGGAUGUUGGGGUUGAAAACGUUUCUUGGUCAAUGGCCUAAAAAUAAUAAUCUCACGUUGCCAAUUCUAUACGCUAGGGAAUAAUAAUAAUAAACAAAUAAAUAAGGACAAGCAUGUAGCUUAUUUAAUUUUAUGUUUUG